CUCACAUCCGCUCCGUCUCUCUCUCUCUCCCCGCGUAUCUGUAUACGUUCGUUUACAUUUAUUUCACUCCCACAAACCCCAAGAAAAAUCCUCCACCGGCCUCUCGUGCCGGUUCCAAAUGUGUAAUCGAAAUUCGAAAAUCAAAGCACCGGGGUACACAUCUGGGCAGAUAUUAGGGUUUUUUAUUUGUUGAUAUUCGGGGACUAGGAUAAUUGCUUUAAGUGAGCAGGUUAUCUACAAUCACUCCAAUGCCUUUGUCGAGGUACAGGGUAAGGAGCGAGUACGGCCUGGCCGAUCCGGAGCUAUACAGAGCGGCGGAUAAAGAUGAUCCGGAAGCGCUUUUGGAAGGAGUCGCUAUGGCAGGACUCGUCGGAGUUCUGCGCCAGCUUGGAGACUUGGCAGAGUUUGCUGCCGAGAUAUUUCAUGAUUUGCAUGAGGAAGUAAUGACAACUGCUGCAAGAGGCCAUGGUCUAAUGGCUCGUGUUCAACAACUUGAGGCAGAAUUUCCUUUAGUUGAGAAAGCAUUGUUGUCCCAAACUAAUCAUUCAUUAUUCUUUGGCACUCCAGGUUUCGAUUGGCAUCCACAUCUACGCUUUGAACAAAAUCUGAUAACCCGGGGAGACUUACCUCGCUUUGUAAUGGACUCUUAUGAAGAAUGCAGGGCCCCACCACGGCUAUUCCUUCUUGACAAGUUUGAUGUUGCCGGGGCUGGGGCAUGCUUGAAGCGCUACACAGAUCCGUCAUUUUUCAAAGUUGAAGCGGCAUCUUUUGGAGUACAAACAGUGGAAGUUAAAAUGGAGAAAAAAGUCCGCAAAGUGAAGAGGAAAGGUUCACGCUGGCGAAAUGGAGAAACCCCAGAAAUUGUGCCUGCAUCACACACCAAACUACAGCAGUUGUUUAUGGAGGAGCAAAUUGAGAAUGGUUAUAGCAACCCUGUGCGUCUUGUAAACUUAAAGAAAAGGCAGUUUAAUGGGUCUCCAUUUGACUCAAAAUCUGGAAAAAGCUACAUGGAAAAAUUCCUUCUAAGUCCUCCAGAAUGUAACACAGGUUGUGAAACUUCUGUUUUUGCUCCCCCCGUGGCAUCUGGAAAUCCAAGUGAAUCAGGGCUCGAAUUAAUUGAAAUCAGUACAGUGACUCAUGUUAAAAAUGUUUCGCCAGGUGAGGAAAGUGUAUUUUCUCCAUGUAAUGGACGUGAACUGGUUCCAAUACCUUGUAUGGAUCAGUUAAAUGGAGAUGUUACUGAUAAAGAAAUAGUGAAGGUCCUUGAACAAAUUGCUCCAGGGGAGGCAGAAGAAACAUUUUCUCCCCUUGAUAAAAUAGCAGUUGACUUGGGAGAUAGAACAGAUGGCAGUGAAAAUGAGGAUGAUGCGAUUAGUGAGGUAGACAAUUAUGUGGAUGCUCUUACUAUGAUGGAGUCAGAAAUGGGAACACACACUGAGUAUAGAAUGAAGAACAACCAGGGUUACUUGAAUGCUGGCAAACACGAGACAGAUUCUGAUUCAAAUGAGGAACAGCUGGAAGUACUUGCUCAUUUUUCAGAUUCUCUGUCAAUGGGAAACUCGUCUCUGUCGGAUUAUGGGAACAGUUCAUUUAAAAAAGAAGGAUCUAGCUUUGCUUGCUCUGAUAUUCGAAGCAAUUUGGCUGAGAAUACCCCAUCUGAUGUCGAAGAAACAGCUAAGGUGAUCCCUUGUACUGAAGAUUCUGUUGGUGAGACUGUUGAAUUUCCAUCCAACCAACUCCCAGCAUAUACGAAGACUUCAGGAACCACAUCUCAUGAUCAUGUUAUGUCUGAUGAUAAUUCAAUCGAGGAAGAAAAUGCCCCUUACCUUGGAGAAGCAUCUUGUAGUUCAUUUAGUAAAGAUUUAAGUUCUGUAGUAGUUUCAUUUCCAGUAGCUGAAUCAGAUGAAAUACCCUCUAAAUGUAUUAUAGAUGGUGCCAAAUCGAUAAACGUCGAAAAAGAUGAGAGAAACCUGGCAGAGUCUUCUGCACCUGCCUCUGAUUUUUUCCCCAAAGAAAGGGACGAUUUUCUUUUUGGAUCUGAUAAGAUGUGUGAGGGAGAUUCAAAUGUUCUUUCUGAUGGUUCAGUGAAUUUGCCAAACAUAACAGGGAUGGAUCGCGAAAAGUGCUGGAUUGAUAAUUCAACAAAUGAUGUGCUCCCAACAUCUCAUCUACAAGAUAAUUGUGCAAAAGAUUUGGCUGAUGAACACAAUAGUUCACCAUAUUCUGAGAAAUUCCCUUCCACACUUUCUGCAGAAACAUCUUCAGGUAGUGCACUGCUGCUUGAUCCUUCAGACACUCCUCAAGUUCUUGGAAUUGAAGAAACACAACCCUCAGAUGUUGCAGAUAAUGUCUCACAAAUUGAACGUGACUCAACAAAAGUAGGAGUUCCAUAUGUUGAAGAGACUUCUAAAACUGUGGAUGGUGAUAAAAUUGAUAGUUUUGCCUCUGAGAUAGAGUCAGUGGGAGAAGGUGAUUUUUCACUUGAACAUAUGUCUACUUAUGCGGAUAAAAGUGGGAUUGAGAGACCGGUGAGCUUUGAUGGUAUGGUGAAUGAAAAUCUACAAGAUACUUGUGCAAAAGAUUUGGCUGAUGAACAAAAUAGUUCACCAUAUUCUGAGAAAUUCCCUUCCACACUUUCAGCAGAAACAUCUUCAGGUAGUACACUGCCGCUUGAUCCUUCAGACACUCCUCAAGUUCUUGAAAUUGAAGAAACACAACCCUCAGAUGUUGCAGAUAAUAUCUCACAAAUUGAACGUGACUCAACAGAAGUAGGAGUUCCAUAUGUUGAAGAGACUUCUAAAACUGUGGAUGGUGAUAAAAUUGAUAGUUUUGCCUCUGAGAUAGAGUCAGUGGGAGAAGGUGAUUUUUCACUUGAACAUAUGUCUACUUAUGCGGAUAAAGGUGGGAUUGAGAGACCGGUGAGCUUUGAUGGCAUGGUGAAUGAAACUAGUUCAGUAGAGGAUGAGGCAGCUUGUGCUACAAUGACUGCUUCUGCAAGUGCUGAUGUCGUCAACAAUGUUACUUUUCCAUCUCUGGAUUUGGUUUCUUCUCCAUCUAAUGGUUUUACAGAUUUGGAAGAAUGUAUUUAUAGCUCUGGGGAUCUGCUACACCAGAGAAGAUUGGAAUUUAAUGAGGCAAUGUCGAUGGAAUACGUUGCAGAAUCUGAGGCAAAAAAGGAUGUGAAUCAGCUGAAGGCGGCUCCCGAAGAUUUAGAUUGUGUAACUUGCGAGUCUGUCCAUGAUGAACAGUGCAACCCAGAAACUUUAGAGAAUGUUCUUGAUGCUUCUGGUCAAACUCAAAUCAAUUCACUUAUAGAAUCCACAGAACCAGACAACUUGGAAUUGGAAUCAGAAAUGCCCCUGCGUGAUUGUUCCUCACAGGUUGUCAAUGGCAUUGUAUCUUCACCUUCUUGUUACCCUUCAGAGGCAGAAAUUUCUUUGGAGCAAUCAUUAGAGUGGCAAGCUGGUCAAUAUAAUGUGGAGUCUUCGCAUGUAGAUGAAGCAAGUUUUAAUUCUUCAAAUCUUCAGGCUUCACCUGAUUGUCGCCUUUCUGAGCCUAUAUCUUCCUGGGAACCAUCAGUGCAGUUGCAUUUGGAGCAAUGUGAGGAUAAGUUCCAACCAGCUGAUGUUGCAAGUUUGGAGUCAUUGGAUCUGCAGUCUGAGCGGAUGAAAUCUCCAAGUCACAUAAAUGAGGGGACAUCCCUUGUGGCUAUCUCUAGCAAAGUAUCUGACAAUAGAGGCUGGCUGAGAUGUUCUGGACAAGAUUUGGGAAAGGAACCUACUGAUUCUACGAUGGCUUUGAGUCAAUUGGACUCUAUGUUUCCUCAAUUUGGCUUGUUAUCUGAGGCAAGUAAUGUCAAUCUGGAGGAGAUGCCCCCAUUGCCACCUCUACCUCCCAUGCAGUGGUUAGGAAAAAUACAGAUUUCUCCACAUGCUGCACAUAGAGAAGUGGUAGAACAAAGUGAGGAUUCUUUCCCACUGAUUCAGCCAUCUUCAGCUGGCGACAUAGCUCAAUUUAAUUUACCAGCAUCAGAUAAAGAGAUUGUGCAUCCACAUAACCCGUUUUGGUCUUACAUGGAUAAGCCACAAGAAGCUUCUGAAGAAAUAGCCACUAAUUCAGGGCAGGCCAGUCCCUUCUCAUUGCAAUCGUCAACGUUGGUAAUGGAUGCAAAUAGUCAACACGAUGAGCUUGCAUCAGUAGAAACAAAACUGCUGAACCCAUUUUUACCUCUACCCAAUGACAGGCCUGAGCCUGUUUUCCUGGGCUUAGAAGGAGAACCAAUAGCGUCUAGUACAAAUCCAUUUACUCAUGUUCCAUCUGAGGAGUAUACAACUAGACAUUAUUCUGUACCAUCACAGGAUACAUCAAUUCAGUCACUGAAUCAAUUAGCACGAGGAAAAGGUUUGGAGGCGAAGGCACUGGAACACACUCCACGAAAUUCUGAAGAUAAAGAAAAGAAUCCUCCCGAUCCAUCUCUGCUACUCCCGGUGGAAGAGCAGCUUCAGCAUGGAUGCGUGACUUCAGAGGUAGAAACAAUGUGGCCCUCAAACACAUUUGCUCUGCCACCAGCCUAUGAUGUCGGGAAGCAAAAUGGAAGUAAGCUUCCUCGCCCUAGAAAUCCUCUCAUUGAUGCUGUUGCUGCUCAUGACAAAAGCAAGUUGAGAAAGGUAACUGAAAGGAUUUGGCCUCAGAUUGUGCAAAAGGCAGAUGAAAGAGAUUCAUUGCUGGAGCAGAUACGAACUAAGUCCUUUAACUUGAAGCCAGCAGUGGUGACAAGGCCCAACAUUCAGGGUCCUAAGACCAACCUGAAGGUUGCUGCCAUCCUGGAGAAAGCAAAUGCAAUCCGCCAGGCACUGGCUGGAAGUGAUGAUGACGAGGAUGCAGAUAAUUGGAGCGAUUCUUGAGAAAGUUGCUCUACCACGGUACUUCGCUACUGCUGCUGUUCUUUCCCCAAUGUUAGCUUCUCAAAAAGAAGUAAUUCUUUCCCCCAGUGUGGCGGGUCAUCGAUAUGGUCAUUGCUUUAAAAUAUACCAAUGGAUCUUCCUUCCCUUAUAGCGAAGUGGUAAACAUUAGUGUAUUCUUUGCCCUCUCUCAUACUUUUGUAGAAUUAUUCUCCCUUCAGUCUCUCGUCUCCUUUUCCUUGGGUAGGUUCUAUACGUUUCUCUGCUAUGUGGCGUCUCUCUAUCAAGAAAAUUCUGUUGUGGAAUUAAUACAAGAAUGGCUGCUAUGAAUCAGUAUACAAGCGCUGUUCCAGUCAAGUUUCAUGUGUUACUAUAAUAUCUUGCAGUUGUGAAUUGUUUUGUAAGUGGCAUAUAUUUUGGUACAUAGUGUACGUACUGUACAGUUCUGUAAUCUUCCAUGUAAAGGUUUGGUAAUGGGUAACACUAUUUUUUUACCAUAUGGUUACAAUUUCAUAACCAAAUACAUAGCAGAAUUUGCAAUUGAAAUAGUAUAAAGCAGAAGGGAUUCUUGUGGCAGUA